GCCAGAUGGGAUGGCAAAGGGCGGGUGGCACGGGAUGGCACGGAGCCACCCUCUCCACUCCCUGCUUGGUCCUCCCUGCCGCACACCAGACGCCAGUUGGUAACCUCCAGUUGGUUUCCUCCCCCUCCAGGUUGCCCACCCUCAGACGCGGCAGUGCCACCGUGCCCCGGGCCCGCCGCGGGCGCCACAUCCCCUCCGUGCCCCCUCCCCCCAUUGCCCCUCUCCCCAGCCCGCAGGCUGGCCGCGGCAGGGCCCGCGGGGGCGCGGAUGCCGCAGCGCCUGACCUUCAGCCUCUGGGACUACGGAGUCUUCGGCCUGAUGCUGCUGAGCUCCACCGGCAUUGGCCUCUUCCACGGCCUGGCCAGGGGCGGUCAGCAGACCCCGGAGGACUUCUUCACGGGGGGGCGCCGCAUGUCGGCGCUGCCCGUGGGGCUCUCGCUCUCUGCCAGCUUCAUGUCUGCCGUCCAGGUGCUGGGGGUGCCAGCCGAGUGCUACCGCUACGGCGCCAAGUUCCUCUGGAUGUGCUUCGGGCAGCUGCUCAACACCUUCCUCACCGCCCAGCUCUUCCUCCCUGUCUUCUACCGCCUGGGGCUCACCAGCACCUACGAGUACCUGGAGCGGAGGUUCAGCAGGAGCGUGAGGCUGUGCGGGACCCUGCAGUAUGUGGUGGCCACGAUGCUCUACACAGGGAUCGUCAUCUACGCCCCAGCCCUGAUCCUCAACCAAGUGACCGGGUUGGACAUUUGGGCAUCGCUGCUCUCCACGGGAGUCAUCUGCACCUUCUACACCACCAUAGGCGGGAUGAAGGCUGUCAUCUGGACCGACGUCUUCCAGGUGCUCGUGAUGCUCUCCGGCUUCAUGGCCGUCAUCAUCCGCGGGGCGCUGCUGGUCGGGGGCCCCGGGGCAGUGUUCGCCAUCGCCGCCAACGGCUCCAGGCUCAACUUCGGCGACUUCAGCCUGGACCCCCGCAGCCGCUACACGGUGUGGACCUUCCUGGUGGGGGGCACCUUGGUCUGGCUCUCCAUGUACGGCGUCAACCAGGCGCAGGUGCAGCGCUAUGUGGCCUGCCGCAGCGAGCGGGACGCCAGGCUGGCGCUGCUGGUGAAUCAAGUGGGGCUGUUCUGCGUGGUUGGCUGCGCCGUGGGCUGUGGCCUGGUGAUGUUUGCUCUCUACCAGCACUGUGACCCCCUCCUCGCCGGCUACAUCUCGGCCCCCGACCAGUACAUGCCCUACCUGGUGCUUGACAUCUUCCAGACGUGCCCAGGGGUGCCAGGGCUGUUCCUGGCCUGUGCCUACAGUGGGACCCUCAGCACGGCCUCCACCAGCAUCAAUGCCAUGGCUGCUGUCACCCUCGAGGACAUUGUCAAGCCCAGGCUGCCCACCUUGGCACCACGGAGGCUGGCACUCAUCUCCAAGGGGCUGUCUCUCAUCUAUGGCACCUCCUGCAUCACGGUGGCAGCCCUGGCAUCACUCUUGGGCGGGGGGGUGCUGCAGGGCUCCUUCACCGUCAUGGGGGUGAUCAGCGGCCCCCUGCUGGGGGGCUUCGUGCUGGGCAUCUUCGUGCCCCACUGCAGCACCGGCGGUGUCCUGGGGGGCCUGGCCGCUGGCUUUGCCCUCUCCUUCUGGGUGGCAGUGGGGGGCACCCUGUACCCCCCCAGCGAGGGCACCAUGGGGGUGCUGCCCACCUCCGGAGCCCUCUGCCCUCCCUACAACCUCACCGCUGGCACCAACAGCACCCUGGGCCUGGCACCACUGCACCCCCCCGGCCAGGGCCCCCCGACCCCCCCACGGCCGCCCAUCCUUGGGGACUUCUAUGCCAUCUCCUACCUGUACUACGGCGCCCUGGGCACCCUCACCACCGUGCUCGGGGGGCUCCUGCUCAGCUCCCUGCCAGCAGGGCAGCGCAAGCGGCGGCAGCUGCCCCCCGGAGUGCUGUGGGCAGACGUCUCCAGGCAGAGCUCCUCCGUGGCCCCCACGGGCGCCGAGACCCGCGGGGAGGAGCCCCCGGGCAAGGCUGAGCCCCCCCAGGCGCUGCCGCAGAGGCUGCAUGGGGAGGAGGGAGCAGAGCGGAGCCCCCCCGAGCCUGCCAGCGCCACCGACCUGCUGCUGCGGGAGACCCACGUGUAGGGCG